AUGUUUCCUCCACAAUCUAGUAAUCUAGAUAUCGAGGCCCUGAGUGGUAUUCUUGGCUCCAUCUCUAUAGCCUGCUGGGUUGUUGUGUUUUCGCCCCAAAUCAUUGAGAAUUUCCGACGCGGAUCAGCAGAUGGACUUUCUCUGUUGUUUAUAGUCGUCUGGCUUGCAGGCGAUGUCUUUAAUAUCCUUGGAGCAGUGCUUCAGGGUGUAUUGCCCACUAUGAUUAUCCUAGCAGUGUAUUAUACACUCGCAGAUAUCGUCCUCUUAGGACAGUGCCUGUAUUACCGCGGGAUCUGGUUUUCUGGCAAGAAGAGUGUAAAGGACGUACAGAGCGAGACGCUCGAAGAGGGAGAUAUUGAGAGAGAAGCACCGACAGAGCGUACAGCAUUGUUGAGUCAAGAAAAUGGAGAUAGAAACGGGCAUGGCUAUACCAACGGUACCGGUCUUGCGCAACAACCCCAACGAACCCAUCAAAUCGACGGCACACACCUUUCUCCUGCAACUCCGUUCAUCGACACAGUUCCCUCUUCAGAGGACGAAAGCACACAGGAUACUCGGCGCUCGUCAACCUCCAACCUUCAAGCCGCACUCCUCAACACGUUCGCGAUCAUCCUUGUCUGUGCAGCGGGUAUUCUAGGAUGGUACAUUAGCACACGCGUAUCCAAUAAACACCCCAAGGACGGCGACAACAACGACCUUCCAAGCAACCCAUCUGAACCACUCACAUUCGACCUCUGGGGCCAGGUAUUUGGCUACUUCUGCGCCAUAUUGUAUCUCGGCUCACGCAUCCCGCAACUCCUCUUGAAUUACCAACGGAAAUCCACCGAAGGUGUUUCAUUACUAUUCUUCCUAUUCGCCUGUAUCGGCAAUCUCACCUAUGUACUCUCGAUCUUCGCCUACUCGCCUAUUUGUCGAUCACGCGUUUGUGAGCCGGGCGAAGCCUCGGCGGUUUAUGGACGGUAUAUCCUUGUCAAUUGUUCGUGGUUGAUAGGGAGUUUGGGGACGCUGUUGUUGGAUAUGGCUAUUUUUGUACAAUUUUUUCUGUAUCAAAAGGAUGACGAUGAUUACUGA